CACCGAGUUCCUACAUAGCUACUGGCUUCUGCAGUUCGAAGCGGCUCCCUUCUUGGGUACUUCUGGAAUACAGCUCUGGGCUUGGGUUCCAAUUCCUCCUCAUGCCUCUGAGCUCAUUCUUGAGUUCAAGGACCAUCAAAGAGAGCCACAGAGGACCCUCCUGGGUACUUUCCCCAUUAUCUUUUCAUCCUACCAGUUGGAAGGAGGCUGGUUAUUGGAGAUCUAUUGUUUGCUAAUGUAUUGGAUGGAGCUGGUGCCUAUCCUCCUGGCAGAAGAGAAGCCUGUCUCCACCGAUGCCUCGGAAGCCAUCCUGUGGCAAUGUUCCAGCACCCAGGACAAACGAGAUGUAGUGCUGCUGUUGAUAUCCCAGUCCUACCCACAACCACCUCUGUUCCACCUGCCUUACGUCCAGGAGCCCUUUCUCCCUAAUGUGGAGCAGCUGAUCUUAAGCCAGCAUCACCAGGUGAUGGGUUGUGGCCAGGGUCAUCUCCCCACAGAGAAGCUCUGUCACCUGCAGGAGCGGAAGGUGAACCUGCACAGGGCUUCGUGGGGCCAGUGUAUCGUGGCACCGAAGACGUUCAACUUCCCUUACUGUCAAGGAAUCUGCCUGGCCCUGAACAGUGAGCUCCUUCACUCCAAUUUUGAAUGCUAUAAGAAGGAGGCACCCACCUGCUCCCGGCUCUUCCAGGCCUGUAGUCCUGUCAAGGUCCGCCUUUUCUCCUUGAUGAUCCAGGAUGACGAAUACAGGAUGAGCGUGCACCAUGUGAACACUUCCCUGAUAGAGAAAUGUGGCUGCUCCUGAGGUACCCUGGAGCCU